GUUUGGCUUCCCGUUUGCGUUCCGCGCGGCUCUGUGUGGAUACCAGCGACCCACGCCCUGCAGCGGUGAGACCCAGCUGCACGCAGGCGCACUGGUUUUUCCCGUGUCAAACAUGGCUGUGCUUUUGGACAGUGAAAAAUGCUGAUUCGCGUCGGUAGCUAUCGAAAAAGAAGCAAUAAUGGCUCGGCUGGCUGACUAUUUUAUAAUCGUAGGAUACGACCAGGAGAAGUCCGGUUCUGGGGAUGGAUGUGGAAAGAUCCUUCAGAGAUUUCCAAAGACAGACUGGGAUGGCACCGCUUUCCCUCAAGGAGUGGAGAUGUUCUGUCAGCCCGGGGGAUGGCGUCUGUGGCGGGAGAGGAAAGCGCCCACCUUCUUCACCGCCGUGCUCACGGACAUCGACUCCCAGCGCCACUACUGCUCCUGCCUCAGCUUCACAGAGGCAGAGGUCAACCUGCAGGGCUCGAAGGCCGCAGUAGAGGGGGAAGGCGAGGAGGAUGAUGAAGAGGAAGAGGAUGGUCUAGUCCAGCCUGCUCAGGUCUUUGCCCCCAAGAGCCUCAUUCUGGUGUCACGACUGGACCAGCCCGAGAUCUUCAGGGGCUGCCUGGGUCUCAUCUACACUGUGUAUGUGGACAGUCUCUCUGCCCCGCUGGAGGGUCUGGUGGCCAGUCUACUGUCCUGCCUAGUGCCCGUCACUGGGGGAUCUCAGAAGCUGCUGUCUUUGGGAGCAGGGGACAGACAGCUGAUCCAGGUGCCACUGAAUGACAAUCUUCCCGUCACCAGCAAGAGUGUGGCUCUGCUCUUCCAGCAACUGGGAAUCCAGAAUGUUCUUAGCCUGUUCUGUGCGGUUCUAACGGAGCACAAGGUUCUGUUCCACUCCAGCAGCUACCAGCGGCUUGGCGAAGCCAGCCGAGCCCUGGAGGCCCUCAUGUUCCCUCUCCGAUACAGCUACCCCUAUAUCCCCAUUCUGCCGUCACGCCUUCUGGAGGUGCUCAGCUCUCCAACACCCUUCAUCAUCGGAGUACACUCCAUGUUCCAGACCCACAUCCAGGAGCUGAUGGAUGUGAUUAUUGCUGAUCUGGAUGGCGGGACCAUUAAGGUUCCAGAGUGUAUCCACCUCUCUCAGCUGCCUGAGCCUCUGCUUCACUACACACAGAUGGCCCUUUCUACGGUUUUGCAUCCCGAUCUGGAAAUUGCAGACAACGCAUUUCCUCCCCCGCGCACCGCGGCCUCCAAUCUCAAACAGCUGGACAAAGAAUUGCGGGCCGUGUUUCUGCGCCUCUUCUCUCAACUCUUCCAGGGGUAUCGAUCAUGUCUACAGCUCAUACGAAUCCACCCUGAACCAGUCAUACACUUCCACAAGACUGCCUUCCUGUCUCAGCGCGGCCUGUUUGAGGGGGACUUCCUAUCGAAGGUCGUGGAUGGAAUGGCAUUUGCUGGGUUUGUGUCGGAGAGAGGGCCUCCAUACCGCACCAUCGACCUCUUUGACCAGCUGGUUGCAGCUAAGGUGGAGUGUGGGCAUCAGGAGGAGGAGAAUCCAGCGCUGGUCACCAAACACACCAGAGAAAUCUCAGAGCAACUCUACAAGAACGAGAACCCAAACCCUCACAUGGUGUUCCAGAAGCUUCCGCGGCCCAGCGAGGGUUCCCACCUGCGUGUGCAUAUGAUGCCGUUUCCAUGGUUACAGGAGGAGCGGGUGGAGGGGCCUCUCAGUGAAGCCACGUCCCGCCAACAAGGAGCCCCGCCCACCACCCGCACUGACAGGAAAUGUGUAGUGCCAGCCGGCCCAGCAGUGGUGCCCAUCAGUGGGAAGAGCAGCUCGGUGUUCAACAGUGCCAGGCGGCUGGAGGUCGUGAGGAGCUGCAUCAGCUACAUCUUCAACAAGCAGACCCUAGAGACGCAGAAGACCCUCCCUGCAGCCCUGCGUGCCCUGAAAGGGAAGGCUGCUCGCCAGUGUCUGACUGAGGAGCUGAGUCUCCAUGUGCAGCAGAACCGAGCUCUUCUGGACCACACGCAGUUCGACCAGAUCAUACGACUCAUGAACUGUGCUCUACAGGACUGCUCCGGCUCAGAAGAGUACACUGUUGCUGCUGGGCUGUUACCCCUGACGACGGCCUUCUACAGGAAACUGUCGGGUGUGAACCAGUUUGCAUACACAUGCAUCCAGGAGCAUCCUGUCUGGACCAACCCGGCCUUCUGGGAGUGCAGCUUUUACAGCGUCGUACAGCAGCAGAUCAGAGCGCUAUACCUCACAGCUCCACAGGGCAAAACCAGCCUCAUAACACAGCUCAAGGACUCGACCCCUGACCCCCCGGCUGCAGAGCGCACAGCCAUGGACCUGGGGGCGGAGCAGCUGCGUCUGUGGGCGGGGCUGGAGCGUGACAGGCAGCAGGAGCUGGUGAAAGGGGAGGAGUCGACGGUGUUCAGCCAGGCCAUCCACUUCGCCAGUCUGAUGGUGUACCUCCUGCUGCCUCUGGACAGCUCCAAGAACAAGCUGCUGCGCAACACACACUCACACAUGCACACACACACACACACCAACACACACAACGACUGGGAGAGCGGGAGCAACAGCAUCCUCACCAACAGUAUUGCUGGCAGUGUGGCGGAGAGCUUUGACACAGAGAGUGGCUAUGAGGAGCCGGAGUCAGACGUGACGAACACAGCGUGCCGUUUUAUCACGCGCUUCAUUGAUAAGGUCUGCACUGAGAGCGCCGUUACACAGGAGCACAUCAAGAACCUGCACAGCAUGAUUCCAGGAAUCGCUGCCAUGCAGAUGGAGACUCUAGAGGUCGUCCACAGAGAGAGUCUGAGGCUGCCUCCCAUUCAGAAACCUAAGAUCCUGCGGCCGCCCCUGCUGCCCGGCGAGGAGUGUGUGUGUGAGGGGCUGCGUGUGCUGCUGGACGUUGACGGGCGUGAAGAUGCACUGGGCGGGGCUCUGGGUGGGCCACACCUCCUCCCCGCAGAGGGGGCGCUCUUUCUGACCACCUACAGAGUGAUCUUCAAGGGCUCGCCUCACGACCCGCUGGUGGGUGAGCAGGUCGUAGUGAGGGGAUUUCCUGUGUCGUCUCUGACGAAGGAGAAGAAGAUUUCAGUGCAGAAUCAGCUGCAGCAAAGCCUUCAGGAGGGACUGCAGCUACGCUCUGCUACAUGUCAGCUGAUUAAGGUAGCUUUUGAUGAGGAAGUGACAUCAGAGGAGGUGGAGACGUUUCGGAAGCAUCUACAGAGACUACGUUACCCACAAUCCCUCUUCAGCACCUUCGCCUUUGCAGCAGGACAGAGCGUACCUGCCAUCGCCCCCAAACAGAAGGAGCGAAACACCGGCCUCCGUACACUAUCUAAGACGUUGGUGAAAGGCGCUCGUCGUGCGGGGAAGAUCACCAUUGGCCGCCAGACACUCCGCAGGAGCCGAAUGACCUGGCAUGAGGACGACGACAUCUCAGUGUCAGAUGAUGGAGAAGCUCCUUGCUCUACACUGAAGGCGAAUGAAAAGUCCACCAUGGAGCAGCUGGUGGAGCGUGCCUGUUUCCGUGACUACCAGCGCCUAGGACUGGGUACCAUGCCAACCAGCAACUCCCGCUCCAAAGGGGGGGAGACAUUCCGCAUCACCGCUGUCAACCGGCUCUACUCACUGUGUCGCAGUUACCCAGGGUUACUGGUGGUGCCUCAGUCCGUGCAGGACAGUAGUCUGCAAAAGGUGGCUCGCUGUUACCGUCACAACCGGUUGCCCGUGGUAACCUGGCGUCACCCUCGCACCAAAGCAGUCCUGUUACGUUCCGGAGGAUUCCAUAGCAAAACCGUCGUUGGUCUGUUCAAAUCCCAGAACACCUCGGGAACAGCCCCUGUAUCAGACUCCUCCAGUAGUGUGGAACAGGAGAAGUAUCUGCAGGCCGUCCUAUCGUCCAUCCCCAGCAAACCCAACGCCACACACACACUCACCAACCGAUCCCUCAUCGGACUGUCACCAGCCAGUGAAAGGAGAACGUCUCGUCUGUCAAAGAUGAACCCAGUGCACCUGGAUCUCCCAUUCAGCAGCAGCUUCACCAGAGGAGGUGUGUGGGCGAGCCUGCGCUCCAGCGGUCGCGUCUCUGUGCAGAGUGUGUCAUCUCCAGAUGUUGGCCCUCGACUGGCAGGGCAGAAGGAGGUGGCGCCCCCUAUAGGAACAGACGGCCUCCAGCAGCUGCUCAAACAGCAGGCGGCACUCUUCAUCUUCGGAGAGAAGUCUCACCUCAGGGGUCUGAAGAUGGACGCGUGUGUAAACUGCGAGCUGGUUCCCGUGGAGAUGGCUGAUGCGCGUCAGGUGCGCGGGUCCUUUAAGAAGCUGCUGCGGGCGUGUGCUCCCAGCGCCAUGGCGACCGAUGCCGACCACACCUUCCUCAAAGCACUGGAAGAAUCCGAGUGGAUCCUGCACAUUCAUAAGCUGUUGCAACUGGCCGUAAUCAUGGUGGAGUUGUUGGACUGUGGAUCAUCUGUGCUCAUCAGCCUGGAGGACGGCUGGGAUAUCACCACACAGGUGUCCAGCCUGGUGCAGUUGCUAAGCGACCCGUUCUACCGCACCCUGGAGGGCUUCCAGCUGCUGCUGGAGAAGGAGUGGCUCUCGUUCGGACACAAGUUCAGCCAGCGCAGCACCCUCAGCCCCGCCAGCCAGACCACCGCCUUCACGCCGCUCUUCCUCCAGUUCCUCGACUGCGUCCACCAGGUCCAGCGUCAGUUCCCCCUGCAGUUUGAGUUUAACCAGCACUACCUGCGGUUCCUGGCCUAUCACCACGUGUCCAACCGAUUUCACGACUUCCAGCUGGACUCUGACUACGAGAGGCUGGAGCACGGGCUGCUGUUUGAGGUGGAGAAGCAGCCUCGGCGAGGGAUGUGUGUGUGGGACUGGAUCAGCAGAGCUCACCACCGAAGCCCCCUUUUCCACAACUACCUCUACUGCUCCAUAGACACAGAGCAGGCAGUGCUCAGGCCCUGUGUGGGCGUGGCCUCCCUGAAGCUGUGGGAGUACUAUACCUCUGAGACGUUGUCCACUGGCCCCGCCUACGACUGGCCUAACCAGGCCAAUGAGCAGCCAGAGGAGGCGGGGACUAUCAGCUCCAGCAAACGCUGCAUCGUGUGGCCCUGUUACAGCAGCACACCGAAAGCACAGCCUGACGCCCUCACACAGCUGCUCACUGCCAUUGAGCGUCUGCAGGGGCAGCUGGGUCAGGCGGGGGAGCGCUGGGCAGUGCUGCUGGACAAGGCCAGAGUCAGUGUACAGGAGGACCUCAAACAGGAAAGCAAUCUGCGGAAGCGCUCCAUCUGUGGCUCUGGGCUCCUGCCCUCCUCUGGUCUGCAACUCCAUCGCCACUCCCUUUUGCAGCUGACUGACAACUCUGUCGCCGACGACAACGGCCCCGCCCCCAACGGCAUGAACCGGCGUGCAGCUACACUCUACAAUCAGUUCAGCCCACGCAACGAGGAUACACGGUCAUUUGAAGGGGUUCUCUUUAAGCGAGGCGCUCUGCUGAAAGGAUGGAAACCUCGCUGGUUUGUUCUGGACAUCACAAAACACCAGAUGAGAUAUUAUGACUCAGGUGAGGAUCUCAACUGCAAGGGCCACAUCGAUCUGGCGGAGGUUGAGUCCGUCCUGGUCGCCAUGCCAACCAUAGGAGCUCCUAAGCACAUCAGUGAAAAAGCCUUUUUCGAUCUGAAGACUUGUAAGCGUGUGUAUAACUUCUGUGCAGCAGAUGCCCCCAGUGCCCAGCAGUGGAUGGACAAAAUCCAAAGCUGCAUCUCUGAUGCCUAAAGCACACACACACACACACACACACACACACACACACACACACA